CCUAAAUCAAGGCAAGUUGGAGAGACCCAAUCAUCGACGCCGUCACCCGAGUCUAGAACUUGUGUCCCCCCUAGUUCAAGCAGGCUUCACGGCUUGUCCGACUCACGGCUAGCUGAUGAAGAAUACAAUGAUACCGCAUGACAAGAGCUCCUGCGAGAGAAGGUCGCAAUUGGAAGCGAAAGGCUCACACACGCAGCCGAGAACAGCAUAAAAGGCGGGCGUUCUGGCACCGAAGUUCAAUGGAAACAGAUCUCAUCCUAUGCUCAUUAUUGCAACAAAGGUAUAGCUCUUCGUUCAGAAAUUCUAUCUUCCGCCAUCAUGUCCGAGAUGUCCAACGCCAUCACUGCCAUCAUCAACCCCGUCAUCGCCGGCCCCAAGCCCGUGCAGGAGCCUACCAGCUUUGAAGCCAAUGGCUCAGACAAGGACUCGGAAGAGAAUGGGGAUACUAGAGACACCCUGCUCUUUGAACUGGGAGAGAAGAACCAGCUGAUCCUGUCGUAUAUCCCACUGGAGGAAAACAAUAAGUCGGUGAUGUAUAACGACAAUGGGACUAUCGACGGCAAUGCCACCAGGCCGAACGCCCUGACCUCCGUCUACGUGAAAGGAAUUGUCAAUGUCUUUGGUCUUACCGAAAUCCCCACCCCAGCGCCGAAUGGAGCAGCACGUCGUAGGUUCAACAUCACUCGUCUCAGCCCGAUCCACAACCCCGUAGUGGCCAAGAAUCAGCUCUACACUCACUACGGCGCCCUGGCUAGUGCAUCCGAUGGUGAGACGGUUUGGCUAUACUAUCUGCAGGGGGAGACUGAGGGGGAAGCGCCGACGGUGAUGCAAGCCGCGCUCAAGCGUGGCGUUGCUCCGACGCUGAACACCUUGGGUAUCAAAGUCGUAUCGAACAGUAAACUAGCUGCUCUUUACGACGCAGAAACCAACACGCGGUCUGUCAUCAUGCAGUGUGAAAAUGAAUCCGAGGACCUAUUCAUCAGGGUGGCGACGAUUGAUGCAAAUGAUAAGACUUCCAGUGUCGAUAUCUCUGGAACCUCGAAUGCGCUGAAGGGUACGCCCCUGGCCGCCACGAGUAUCGGCUACGGGCCAUCACGCGUGAACUACCUCUACCUGGUCGACACCACGCGGCACUUGCACCGAUCAACUCAGACUGGCAAGGGCAACUGGGCGAAUCCCAAGUUGGUUGAAAAAACCAAUGAGCAAAAAAUGAUGAAGGAUUCACAGUUGGCGGUUGUGGCGGACGAAACCCAUAAUCACGUCUUUUACAUUGAGCACCAGAACCCGCAGAAUGGGUACCAGAACCACCGGGAUGACCGCAAGUGAUCCGCUUGGUCGGCAUAAAUAUCCUGUUACUGUAUGGAGUAGUUUUAGCGCCUCGUACGUUAGUACAUACAUUAGCACACUGCUGCAUUCGCUUAUUUGGACCAGGGGGGAAUGGAAACUUAGUGGCGAGCUGAACCCCCGCAAAUGUACCAAGACACUAUUCAUGUUGUCUGAAGUAAUCUGUAGCCGACGGGGUCUUUUCAAUAAGUAACGGAUUCGUGGCGAUGAAGGGCUUACUCCAGAGCGUGCUGGAUCUGAGAAG